UUGGCGGUACGUUCGAAAUUGGUGACAUUUUUGCACGUGUUUGCUCUGAUAUUCAUUUACUGCUUAUAGUCAUAUAAUCCCUGUAAUUAUGGUCCAAAUUUCUAAAAAACGUGUUCGUAGAAACACAGUUGUUUUAGAUAGUGCCUCAACCUCGGUUAUAACUGCAUUACCACCCUGUAAUACAGCAUUAACUACUAGCUCACAAAAUGGCUUGAGUGCAAUUCUAACUCCUGUGAUACAGAUGAAAGAUGUUCUGUUAGAGAACUCUGAGAUCUGUAAAUUAGACCUCCUUGUGAAAGAUAUCCAAAGGCAAGUAAAUGAACUUCAGAAAAAAUUAGGUCAGUUUGAUAGAAUGUCACUGCCAUUGUCAAAUAUCACGGAGAGCAGUUCUCAUAUUGGCCAGGUUAAGUC